UGGAGGCAGCGCCUCCGCCGGGAGGUAGCCUUUCCCGGCCCUCGCCAUGACCGAGGAGACUGAGAGCUACGAUCCUGUUGGCUCCAUCUUAAUCCAGGUCCAAGAUGAUCUUUAUCAAUUAAAGGAAAAAUUAACAGAAUUCUCACCUGAAGAAAAAGGAGACACACUAAACAUUCAGAAUCUUGAAACAGCAAUCAAAAGGACUGAAAUAGGGUUAAAAGUCCACAUUGAGAAGUAUUUAAAUGUUGUAAACCAGCGUGUGUUAACGACUCCUGUUAAUGAUGAGAGCUUUUAUAUGCCUGGGGCUUCCAAAUGGUUACUUCCUACUGUAAUUGAUCAGAAAUCGUUUGUUUUCCCUCUGGAAUCUGAGGGUAAACUUUGGCAACAGCAACGACAGUAUGGUUCAUUGUCACGUGGCUUUCCAAGACCAAAGCCAAAGAUAGGGUUGAAUGUAAAAAUCAUGCAGGAUCCUGAAAACAGCUUCCACAGAGCUGCUGUAAAUGCGAACUAUGGAAUCAGUUUGCCAUGUAUUACUCAGAGAAAAUCAUGUGUGAAGGUGCAGAAGUUAAUAAAGGGGUCCACUAUAUCCAGUCUCACAGUUAUGCCAUCUUCUCGUCGCACGGAUCCCUUUUUCACCCCUGUACCAGUCUUACAAGUGGAUGCCAAUAAAGGGAUUUUAAGCCUGAUAGAACGAGGAUUGAUUCCACCAACAGCCAAGAUUAACCUUAAGAAUCCACCCAUUAUGCCCAGAGCAGCUCCUCUGCAUAGUUUUGGUGAAACACAUAGAAUUCCAUCUGUAGUGCCUCUUGCUGUACCUCAGAAACCACAGCAGCCUCCGGCAGAAGUGAAGGUCAUCUCUCCCAAGAAACAAGGAUCAAAGGGGAAAGGCAGAAGGUCAAGAGGACAUCAUGAUAAGAAGGUCGUGAAAGUUGUGGUGCCUUCAAGACCUGCAAAAGCACUGUGGAAUUAUGACUUUGCUAUUUAUAAUGGUGUCAUAGACAAGGCAUCCCCAGACUUCUUGGCAUUCAAGGAACGUUUUAACUCAGUUUGGGGAAAUAUUUUUUCUCUCUUGGAACACAUUGAGAAGUUUCUCAGGGACUAUGCAAUACCAGAAGUCAAAAUCAAAGGGAAGAAUUUGGUGGCUCUCCUUCCAGAGUUUGAGCUGAAGAAUAAACUUACCAAAUAUGAACUUCUUUCAGUGUUGGAGAAUGCAAGAGACGUCCAAAUGCUGUUAAAUCUUCCCGGGCAGAGGUACAAGGGUCAGGAUGGAGAGACAGAGGCUGCUGUGAAGAUCCAAGCUACAUGGAAAUGCUACACAACAAGAAAAUUCUUUCAGGCGUACCGCCAGCAGAAGUGGGCGUCGGGGGUGAUUGCCAUCGCUUGGCUUUUAUAUUGCCAUAAGAUUCGAGUAAGGAAGAUCCUAAGGGAGUCACGGCAGAGACACCUGGAGAAUUUCCGCAUUCGAGCUAAGCAUCUGGCAGCCAACUGGAAUCGCAUCAGGACCUCCAGGAGGACUAUUAUCCAUAUCCCAUCAUUAGGGUAUCCCCAGCCUGUGCGAGAACAUAUUGCCGAUUUCGACACACUGCAGAACAUGCAGCUGGGCAGACUGUGUGACAUCUUAGAUGCCAAUGUGAAUGUCAUCUACAUCUGCUCCCAUUAUAUGAAUGAGGAGUUAAUGCUGUAUUACGGUAAAAUCCUAAGUCUGCACGCAGCUGUCAAAUCGGGAAACCUUGAGGAUAGAAGUGACCUGAAGAACAGGUUCAAAAUUAUCACCCCUGAAGCUAUAAACAUCUUCCCUAAGCAUCAUAUGUGCCUGGCCACUCACCUGAUGUACAGUCCCAAGGCAAUCAAAAGAAUAAAAAAUCUCAUCCUGGGAAGGCAGGCCUAUAUUGUCGGCGGGCUCCUCCACAGAGAUGAUUUGGCCGUGGCAGACAUGUUAGACAUCCCCAUCCUGGGCUCAGAGCCUGAACUAGCUCAUCUUUAUACUACCAAGUCUGGAAGUAAACGAGUCUUUGACAGUGCCAAUGUGCCGGUCCCUCCAGGAAUGUCUAACAUCUUCAAUCAGCAACAGAUGAUGGAACAGCUGAGUCAGCUGAUAACCGAUCACCUACAAAUCCAGCGCUGGCUCUUUAAAAUGGACUAUGAGUUCCAAGGAAAUGGGACUGCAUUUUGUGACAUUCCUUGCUAUCUAAAGUGCUACAACUGGGUAUUAAAGGAGAGUAAGAGAUAUGGCCCCAAAGACUGGAGUAAGAAAUGGGCACAAGAGCCAGCUUUGGUGAAGAUCUCCAAGGAGCUGGCGGGCAUUUUAGCACAGCACGCACAGCCAGUCAAUGAGAAACGGUUCCCGUCGUGGAGGAAAUUCCUCCAAACAUUUCUCAGACAAGGGGGCGUGAUCGAAGCAUUCCCACCUGCAGACUGUGUCACCAAUCUGACUGUAGACAUGCUGAUAGAGCCCAGUGGAGAAAUCAGAGUGCUGUCAACGGGAGACCAGUUUCAUGCCGAAGGCCCCUUCAUCAACACUGGUACCACCAUGCCUCAGACCUCAGUGAAUCCUCAAGUUCUCAGUUAUUUGUGCCUCCAAAUUGGAAAGGCCUGCAAAAUGAGAGAUCUGGUUGGUUACUUUUCUAUAGACCUAGUGACUUUUAUUGAUCCAAGCACCCUGGAACAGCAGGUGUGGGCAACGGGCCUCAACCUCUUCUAUAGUGACCAGCUGGCCCUGACUCAGCUCAUGUUAUACCUGACCAAUGGCCAUCUGGAUUGCAGUUUGGGCACCCUCGAAGUGCCCCUCUUUGUUCCAAAGAGAAAGAAGAAAACGAACCGCAUGAAGCCUCUGUCACUGCCGACAUCAGCAGCCAGUCGCUAUGCGGUGAUGACCACCCAGCUGAAGCACAACAACCUCUCGCUGGUUUUCCACUAUGUUUUUCUGCAGAUGUGUAGGGCCCAUGGCAUCGGCUAUGACCUGGAGGACAGAACAGGAACCAUUUUUUUACUAUAUGAGCAUCUGAAGAGAGACAAGUUGGGAAUCUUAACAAUCGGUGAGGAUCUCCAGGGGGUCCUCAUGACCUUUGCUCACAAUCUCUUCAUCAUCCAUCAAGAAAUAUCAGCACCUAAUAUGCAAGGCGAGACCAAUUUUAAGACCACCAUUAAUGAUAUUGAAACCAUUCUGGGUGUAACAGAGGAAAACAAAACGAAAUUUGGAGAAGAGCAACAGUGCAAAGUUGACAACAAGUUCCCUAGUCCUGUUAAAUGAUCCUGGAACACAUCAUGAUUUUGGACCCCAAUCUGGACCAAAAGGGCAAUAUUCCUUUGCUGUUAGGAAAAAGUAGAGAGAAAUUAGUUUGCUUUGUUUUCCAAAAGAUACAUCAGAACAGGUUAUAACGAAAUGCUCUUUUUAAAAUGUUGCUAUUAAGCACUUUUAUUCUGCUCAUUAACCCAAAACCUGUUUGUGUUUUCACCUGAGAGU